GACUCCGUCGAUCUGGUCGAUAGGAGAGAAACUUUUUGUUUCCCUUGACUGUUUUUGGGAGGUGGAAAGAGGAUGUUGUGAGUUUCAUGCCACCCUGUUCAGCUUUGCAAGGAAGUCUAGCAUGUGAAAUAUGCGUUGCGAGCAAGUAAUCACUGGUGCCGUGAACAAUGGCAGCUGUGUCGUUACAACGGGACAAAUUGGAGAGCUGAGCUUCAUUGCAUAUGCGUCUGGAUCUGCAGUGGUGAUCCUAACCCCUGAACUUGGAUUUAUUCAAAAGAUAGAAGGAGAAUCUCUUGGGUUUGGCUCUCAACCAGCAUUAUGUGUUACCAGCAGUGAAGAUUGUGGACGGAUUGCCGCAGCCUGGGGUGACAAUGUAUGCGUAUUCGAAGCGGAAUGUCUUAGCUCAGAAGAGCGCUUGGCAUUUCCCAAGGCAUUCCUGUACAAAUGGUGCAAGAUCACAUCUGUGAAGGCCUCGUCUCCCGUGUACUGCUUGUCGUUUGACAAGCCUGGUGACAGGCUCUUAACCGGUGGGCUCUACCUGGAGCUAUGGAUGGCAACAACACCUGAUGUUACUAUUAUUGGAGGCGUUGUGAGUACGUCCCGUGGCCCAUCACCACUUUCUAUGCCAGCGGACAAGAAAACAGAGAUGCCGAUAUGGGCGUGCACCUGGAGAAGACAGCUUGCAUUUGCCGCCGAGUUUGUGUUGUUCUCGCCCGAUGGGCAAUUGUUUGCAACAGCAGGAAAGGGUGAUCGUGCUGUCAAGAUCUGGUAUGAAGUGAAGAAUAGCUUGUUUGGCAUUAAUGAUGCUCCACUGGAUUUCACCUUCACAUACGUCACCCAUCCGCGGCAAGUGUCUUCAUUCGCGUGGCGGCAGACAAGCCCCAUUAUUCCUUGUGGCGUGAUAGCAAAUGUCCUCCUGACCCGCUGUCACGACAAUGUAUGCCGCGUUUGGGCGCAAACACCUUGUCAUCAGGACCAUUAUGACUACUCUCAAUCGCCGCACCAUGCACCCACAAACACGGCACCAGCGGAAGGCAGUAGUACCAGCUCCACAGCCGCACCAAUAUCAUCACAGGCUUCUGCUCCGUACAAAGUGGGAUCAUCAUUGCACUUUCACUUAGCUGGUUCGAUUGAUCAGGGUGCCAACAUACCUAUGCACAGCUCUAGUACAUCGUCAUCACGCCAGCAGACUUCACUCUUUACUGUCCACUGGAUGGAUAACAAGCGAUUGUGUCUUCAGUUUGCCGCCAAGGCAAUGCUCCGUUGUGAGAAGACAUCCAAUCAAAGAUCGUCUGACCGGGAUUCACCAUCGUCGGUGCAUAGCGAAGAUUCCAUGGUUAUUGUCAACCCAGUUACCAGUUCAAAAUCGGAGUCCAGUGCCAAAGGCAGUGAUAGCUCAUCACCAUCCAAUUCUCCCAUGCCGCAGCGAACUGCCGGUGAGUUCCUGACUGUUGACGGUGGUGGCUAUCGCAGUCCUGCCAAUCACCCGCGUCAGAAUGGGGAGCUUGAGGUCUCGAGGCAAAGCAGGCGACGUGGUGAAACUAUGAUGUCCUCAGGCAACUGGGUUGUUGUGCCAGCACUCGCAAAUCCUGGCCAGUGGGUAGUGGUUGCCUCACCAGCUGCUGCUGACGAUGCAGGUGUCAAUAGCUAUGGACUGUCAACAAAGUCUGUCCGCGCUCUGCUCCGAGAAUGGCAGAGCACUCCCGACAUGCUGUUUGCCAUCCAUCCACUGGAUGGCUCAUUGCUAGUGUGGAUGAUUGACGGGCUCGAUGCUGUGUCACCUUCGUUUCGCUUGCCAAGGCUGAGCUUUGCCUCUCGCAUCCCACAUGCUAUGCCUACAGCUGACAUCUGGACUCUCCAAGGUACUAUCUUCACUGUGGCUGGACCCUGUGCUGAGGAUGCGGAGGACAUCAGCAAGCUGCUGGCAACACCUGCGAAGCGGACGCAAGUACCGAGCCGCUCUGCCAGUGGUCGCUCAACACCCAGUGCAUGGAUGAGGCGGAGGCGCAGCGGUGGCGUUCGUAACUCGUCUCUGAUGCAACGUGGCGUUAUGGGCGGUGUUAGUUCACUGUUGCCCAGUGUAGCAUCAUCACCUGAUGUAGCACAUCCAAGCUUGGUGCUGAUUUCUCACCACAUUGGCGGUGCACUGCAUGUUUGGUCAGUGGACUUUGCCCGUGGCUCUGGUUAUGUGACACCGUUCGCUAUGAGGCAAACUGGCUCUGCUUUUGGCCAUCGCCUGCCAUGCCAGUCAGCUCUAGUGCAUCCAUCUUCAUCCAUGCUUAUCACAGCUGCUCAUCUGAAACAGCAGUCAGCGGCCAAGUCAGACGACUCCAGUCUUGUGUCGUCGUCGCGAGCUGCCGAGUUAGUUUUGUGGCACAUGCACACGCCAGCAUCCGUGGAGUGUGAAGGUGAUAUGCUGCAACUAGUUUCAGUGCUGCAUAGCAACAGCCACGGUGCAUUUCGGCAGCAGUGCUGGAUCGACUCCAAGAUUGCCUUCUCCACAACCGAGCUAUCGCGGCCUGUCAUGCCAGGUGGGCAACCAGUAGUACUCCGUGUUGGACCAAGUACCCUCUUUAUUUCACAGGAUGAUGAUGGAGCUCUAGCAUUGUUUCAAGUCAUCACUGAUGCUGUACAAUGGUUGGGCGUGCAUGGUGGUGCUGCCAAUUCAGCUGAUGAAGUCGCAUUUGAGGAGUGCAAGCGACAAAGAGAUGUGUCUGUGUCACUAGAUGGUCCGGAGACACCAUCAUCGUCGGUCUCGUCUCCCCCGUUCACUGCACAAGGGAGUGUAGAGCUUGGUGUACCGGCCAUGCAGCUUGGUUACGGUGACAUUGUUAGUCGCCAGUGUGGCUCUCGACCAGGUUGUGUGCUGCACUUGGGCAGCAUUUGUGACUUGGAGUCAUUACCUGGCGACAUUACUCUACUUCACUCGUUUCCUCUGACUGAUGCCUGGCUAAAGGUCUUACGAAAUGGCUCCGUGUCUGGUUCAGAGGACGGUGAUUCAUUAGAAGGCCGAGACACGUACGGUGAGUUUGAUCGACCGCUGAUCUCGGAGGGAGUGGAGAACUUCCUGGUAGUGGCUAUUGAGAGCAGAACACCUGUUCUGACCGAGCCAUCGACCCCGAUUCAUGAAGCCGGAGAUAUUGAACGUAUGACUAGUGACACUCUGUCCAUGGUCAAGGCAAACACCAGCUCCGUCUUGCACACAUGGCUUGUCACUGUUCAUCGUCAUGCAGUGAUUCUACCACUUGAUACAAAGCUGGAGGAUCCUGUCCAGCCGCCUGUCGUGGAGAUCCAGUCGAGGCGUCUGGCAGCUCAAAAGAUGCCGCUUCCGCUUGGUGUCAAUGUCACCUCUGCUAGUGUGUCAACUGGCCAUGCAGAGUCUGUGUCACUCGACGGUGUCGACGCUCCCCCGCCUUGGCAAGUUGCAACAGUAUGUUCUGACAAGGCUGUUCGCUUUUGGCGCUGUGUUGGUUGCUCUGCCGACUUACUGGAUGGCAUUGACAUGGAGGAGGGUCAUCACCUGGACGAUCAUAGCUUGGGUGAUGGCAUGAGCCUUGGAGCAGCACUGCCCGCAUUCAACGUAGCAUGGGAGGAAGCCUCUCAACCCCGCGCAGAUGACAACACCUCAUUGCUGCGCGUCAUCGCUUCAUCGCCGUCUCAAUUGGCUACUGUCCAGGAGAAGCCAGCUAAGCCCGGCGUAUGUACUGUGGAAGUGUGGGAUAGCUCAAACAGUGGUGGCCAUGCUUGGCAGAAGGAAGACUUGGGGUUCACUCUCCCCUGCCCUGCUGGCUCUAGUAACGGUGCCAAGCCACUUUGGAUGUCGCAGCUCAACGGCGAUAACUACCUGGCCCUGGCUUCUGGCAACCAGAUGUCGCUGCUGCAGUCCUACCGGAGUAAUGCUGGUAGUGAUGCUGGCUCAGCUAACAAUGCCCAUCACUGGCAGCAUGUUGCCACAACAGAAGUUAGUCACAUGCACGACCUGGUCACGGCCACUCAUGGUGAGAGUUCCAUGGAGCAGCCUACUGACGAACCACGCGCCACCAACGACUGUUGUCAUGCAGCUGCUGCUGCUGCUGCUUUGACCAGUAACACAGCCAGUAUGCUACCACUGGCAUGGAGUCGUGGCAAUUUAGUUGUUGGGUACAAUGGUGGUUCAGUUCUACUGGUGCUUUCACAUUGGCUACCAUCGUUGGACGACAACUACAAGUCUAGUCGAACAACGUGCUUGUCGAUACGGACGACAAGAGGAGGAAGCGGCGACAUAUCCAAGCCCAUUCCUGCGGUUGUGGUGUCAAGCUUUGAUUCCGGUGAUACUAGCCAUGACCAGUUGUCUGAAAAGAGUAUCCUUGAGCUGGCAAGCAAGAAUGUGCCUCACCUACCACAGUACCACCCUGAUCAGCUCGCCCAGUUGCUGCAUGCUGGACGGCUGAUGCAUGUACGCACCAUCCUGGUGCACCUCGUGCAGUGCUUGGCACGCCGGGCGCUGCUUGUCCGGCAUCUGGAGAGUCGCAAGCAUGCUGACGCGGACAGUGACGCGGUGCUCUGGUGGCGCCCGUCCAACUCCAUGGACAGCACUGUGGUUGAUGAUCUUUAUCCCAUGCCGUUGUCACAGGUCCUGUCUGCAGAGGCACAGCGAUGUGAUGCCCCCGCGCUGCCCUCUGUUCAGACUAACUCAGGGGCCUCGGUGGAUGAGAGAGAGGUUGUGAACGAUACAGACUAUGAUCAACUUUUUGGCAAUAACAGAGGCGAGCUGAACAUGGAACUUGAGUUGGAGUUGGACUUCAAUCUUCAAGGGGAUGAAAACGAGGAUGACAGUGCUGAGGAAAUUCGAGUCGAGAGGGAGAAUUUGAAUGCGACCACUUUUGGAGCAUCACAGUUUGAUUUCUUGACAUCUUACCUGAGUAAGGUGCGCCUAGCUGGCCUAUCCAGUGUUGAGCAGAUGAAAUUGCUUGCUCUUGCUGACACUGUUGCCUCCACACACCAUCAAUUCAGCACUGAAGCCACAGCAGAGUCUGGUGACUCUACAGAUGAUGGCCCUCAAUUCACUCGACAAGUGUUGAAUGCAUCUGGUGCCAGUGGUGCAGGCUAUGCUAGCCGUACAGAGGGAGGCGAGGAGGGCAUCGAUGACUGUGGUCUUCGUUUCCUGCUAUCCAUGCGUCAGUUCAACUGUCUGAUGCAUUCCGCGUCGCAGCGCCAGCGUGGUAUGUUUGCCGAGCAAGGUCUUUCCACGGCUGUCUUUGCCUGGGCGUUCCACUCGCAUGCCGAAGAGGAGCUGCUUUCCCUUGUACCCUGUGUGCAGAGCGGCCGCUUGAAGUGGUCUGAAUUGCGGGCGGUCGGCGUUGGUUGGUGGCUUAGAAGUCAGGAAAGCCUGCGUCGUCUGGCAGAGAAAAUUGCCAAGGCUCGUUUCACUGUCAAUCAAGAUCCACUGGAUGCAGCACUCUUCUACUUGGCCAUGAAGAAGCAGUCCUUAUUGAGAGCAAUGUUCAGAAAUGCACGUGAUGAUCGUAUGGCCAGCUUCUUUGCCAAUGACUUCAAAGAGGAACGGUGGCGCAAGGCAGCCCUCAAGAAUGCAUUUGUCCUGCUGGGAAAGCAGCGGCUGGAGCAGGCAGCAGCAUUUUUCUUGCUGGGCAACUCACUGGACGAUUGUCUGGAGGUGUGUGUACACCGAAUGCAGGAUCUUCAGCUGGCGCUGGUCGUCUGUCGGCUGUUUGAAGGCCUGGGAGAGUCCGGGCCAGUCUAUCAGAAGAUGUUGCGCAAGUAUGUGCUUGAUCCUAGUGCAAUCACGGUAAGAACACGGCCGUCUGCACCAGCAGCCUCUGCAACACCGAAGCACUCGGCGCCUACAGCAUCAACGACUUUUGUUUCGAACUCAUCCUUUGGCUUAUCAUCUGGUGUUCAGACCAACGCAAUGCGCCAGGAUUCUCAUGUCGCACCACCAUGCAAAGAUCCGUUCUUGCGCAGUCUUGCUCAUUGGAUUCUGCAAGAUUAUGCCAUGGCACUGGAUACUGUGCUAGAGAGUGUGGUAGAGUCCUCACUAUGUGCACAGUCAGAUUCCCAGGACAGUACCGACGCUGAUGUCAAGCUAUUCAACUUCUACUUCUUCUUGCGGGAGCACCCCCUCCUUCUCCGGCGACAGUAUUCAGCUCCUGCGACAACCGAUGGCUUCUCCUCCGGUCGAUUCAACCUUAUGGGUAAUGCAAGCGCAACAAGCACAAAUGAUGCAGUGUCCACUUCUGCACCAGCGAAACCACGCAUUAGUGGUGUUGGUAGUGAUCCACUCACAAAGUAUGAGCGACGACUACUCUUUCAAACAGCCCAGACUCAUCUGCAGCAUGGCCGCCUGAUCCUGGUCUUGGACGUCCUGUCCCACUUGCCCGUACAAGAGGCUGAUGACGCUUCUCCUGAAAGUGAAUCUGCAUCAGAGACCGUAGAAGCUAGCGCAACAGAGUCAGACACAGCUCUCUCGUUCGACUGGAGUCAGCCCAGUACAACGUUGGACGUUGGCAACACGGCCGACUCAUUUGACUGGUCCACACCAGUAUCAACGCUGGCCACUAGUACUGAGGAUACUGCCGGUUCCUUUGAUUGGGGUGCUCCUGUUGGACUACAGCUUAGCUCACUGGAUGACGACUUGGACUCAGCAUUAGACUUGAACAAAGCCUCGGGUCCUUCCGAUUCUCCUGUCAAUGGUACCUUAUCUGCCUCAGCUUCUGCCUCUCCUGACCAAAAUGGCACUGCGAAAGACAAAAACCCAGUGUCGUCACAAAUGACCACGUAUUCAGUUACUCAGUGGUCGGCGUCUGCACUACGCUGGAGAGCCAUUCUCAACCUUGUGCUUCGCGAGAUUUCUGCUGCAGCGGCUCAUGUCAUGGAGAGUGGUCUCGUGGACAACUUCUUGUCGGAGCUGGAUGAGAAGGCACGACUGACUGCCCGUGCAGCAGAUGAUUUGGCUACUCCUACGGCUUCUCUUUCCGCUGAUAUGUCCGUGCCGGAAUCGGCGCAGCCAUCCUCACAAUGGCUUCCCCUGCAGUGUAUGCGAACACUUGAUCUCCGCCGCUUUAUCUGGGGCUUGCUCGUUGAGGAGCUAGGUGUAUGGCAUGAGAUGUGUGGCCGGCAAACUAAACUAACCUCCUUUCAGAAGGAUGCUCUUCUAAGAGCACUGCAUGGUACUGCAGCCCGAUGCCAAGGUGACCAGAUUGCCGAUGCUGGGAUCAAGUGGAUUUCGGAGAAUCGCAAGGUCCUGUCAGCGAUGUGGCAGUACCUGGAUCUAAAUGCUCCAUUCUGUCCACCGCUACAGACAGCUCUGCAUGAGAUUGGUGUUUUGUUGCAACGGCCACAACCACCCGCUGUCAGCGUGGUGCACAAUAUAGCUGUAGCCAUGUUCAGGACAGAGCUUGCCGUCAACGACCAUGCUCACUCUCCCCGGCGAAUACUGCAAGAGGUUGCUGACCUGCUGCCACAGGCCAUGCCACCAUUCCUGCUCAGUGCCUCGCCGUUGCCCUGCCAUACGCUCUGGUCACCUCUCAGUGACAUUCGCAAUAUUGCACAGCAGAUCUUCUCUCUCAUCCAGGAGUACCCAACGCUACCAUCUGCCAAUCCACAGUUUGACGACAAGCGCAUUGGCCAGCUGAUGCAGCUGAGUGGCAUUUUGUCAACGCAUGUUAUCCAGUCUCUAUCCACGGUUGAUCAUGCUCUGUCACCAAGGAACUUAUUACACAUGUCCAGUGGACGAUGCUCGCCGUUUGCCUUCAGCCUUGUUCAGCAUGCUCUACCGGCACAUCAACAGUCAAGAGCUGAUUCACCACCCGAAGUCAUGAUUACACGUGACUUUACACCAACCAAUGCCUCCGGCACUGCUUCAUCGGGUGCAAGCUCUUCUCACUAUGACACCCCAUCGUUCUUGGCAUCCCGUCAAGAAUUGGCACCACCCUCGCAAUGGCCAGGCCUGCGAGGUUGGCCACGUCAUCUCACCAACGCUGACUGGUGUGCAUCGCCUACCUCUGACAUGGUAUUGCUGAGUUUGCUCCUUGGCGAGGCUUGUGUCGCCGUUUACCUUGCCAUGACGUGCGUUGCCUUGUCCAAACUAUCAGCACGAAACCUGCUAGGUCUAUUGAAGAACAUACCCAAUGACAAGCUAUGGCAUGCAACAUUCGGUGGAGGUUACCGUCUUUCAAUGGGAACUUCAUCAGGCGUCGGCGCACAUGAUGGAAACGCCACCACCGGUACAGAUGGCCGUGAGCACCGACUGCGCUCUGGCAGCUUGAGAAAGCGUAUGAGUGAAACAUUCAAUGCUGCUGCACGGCGCUUGCACCCCCAUACGACCACCGGCCGGGACAGUACUGGCAGCCGUAACUCUGAUGCUGGCUCAACGAGACGUCCCAGAGUGGUCGAUGUCUUCAUGUUCCCGGCAGUGUCGUUGGAUGAGUUCUUUAGGACAUGUAUAUCUGAAAUUCCUCAACACCGUGGGUCUGAGGAUGGCCAAGAUGAUGAUGACAAUGAGGAGAAAUCCUCUGCACGCAAGUGGAAGUACUGUAUGGAUGAUGUAUCUGAGCUAGAUCUUGAAGAGGAAGAAUCACUACCCGUAUGGGACGAUCCCAAGUCAGCUGGCUGGUCUUUAUUACAAGUUGCUGCGCUGAACUUCAUGGCAGAUGGUCUGAAGAGUUUCCUGCCUCUCAUUGGUGUGGAGCUGGCCGAACUGCCAUUGUGGUCACCUUGGAUCUACAACUCCUUUUGUCAGCUGGACGCUUGGCAAACACAAGCACAGGAAUGGUUCGAAGCAUCUGCUGACAACCUGCAGAAGAUGUUCAAGGCGGAUCAGCUUGUGUCGGCAGAUUCUCUUGAUGUAGCUCCUGCACCGUCUGGACCGGCCAUCUUGCAGCACAAGUCACUACUCGAGCCCAAGUUCAAUCCGUUCAGCGAUGGUAGUUCAACCAGAGCAAUGGCUUGUCAGCAGCUAUGGCAGUAUCUAGUGAAGCAGGAAUCAAUCCGAGAUAUUUUCAUCGCCAACGUCUUCCCUGAAGAGGCUCCAACACCCACUUCGGCAGGCUCUUUACGCAAGCAGGAGCUGUCCUGUUUAGUAUACAAGGAGUCGGAUGUUGUAUCCUCAAUCACUAUCAAUCAGGCAAACCCUGUGCAGAUGGUGGUGGCAACUUCUCGCGAGGUUGUGGAAAUCGACACGUCGUUCUUGCUGGAUGCUUCACGGCAGCUGUGGUCUGAAGAAGAUGAAGAGACUGGUCGUCUGAGGAAAGCGAGUGACACAUUUGGUUCAGAUGACUUCUUGAUGGUGCACAACGUACCCAGUUUGAGUGAUUGGUCAUCUCGUACCUCCUCUCCGGAUGUUAAUCAGGCUCAGUCGGGAACCGGUGCUGUACUACUGAUGCGACGCCAAGUGCCGGGUAUACGACAUGUUGAGUGCCAUCCAACCGUGCCAUACUAUUUGUGUGGUGGUGAGGAUGGUAGUGUGCGCUUAUGGGAGUUUGGCCGCAAUCGUGCCAUCAGUUCACAUCGGAUGUCGCGUAGUGCUCCAGCUGUCACCAAGAUGCACUUUACACCGCAAGGCAACAAGUUUGGUGCAUCAGAUGUGAAUGGUAAUGUUGCGCUGUGGCAGUUUGGAUCGACAAUGGCAUCAUCUGACCCCUAUGUGGAGGUACGGUGUCACAAUCGCUGCACAAAUGACUUUGUGUUCAUGAGCUCAACAAGUUUCCUGGCCACUGCGGGUUAUUCUAAUGAUGGAAAGAAUGUUGCUCUGUAUGAUUUCCUUGUACCGCCACACAAGUCACUGAUUCGAGGCUUCACAUGUCACGAGGGCGGUGCGAGUAGUAUUAUCUAUGCACCCAGCCACCAACUGAUCAUCAGUGCAGGCAAGAAAGGCGAUAUCUGUGUCUUUGACGUCAGGCAGCAAGCUCUCUUGAACUCGUUACCGGCUCAUAACGAUGGGAUCAGAAGCUUGGCAAUGGCUGAGAAUGAAGAGUUCUUUGCAUCUGGAGGGGCCGAUGGCAGCAUUAAGCUAUGGGAUGUGUGCAUCCCGCGCCAACGCAAGGCCUUUACUGACGAACACGUCAAGACUUCUUUCUUCCGCUCAGCUGGCUCGGGCGUGCAACAAGUACUUGUGACGGGCCGCUCCACGCAGCUAUUUAGCUGUGGUGCAGAUGGCCUUGUCAAAUGGAGGGUCCUUCCUCCAUAGUAUGUUUUCUUUAUUCCACAUAUCUUGAGUUUCCAGUGUCUCAAUUGGAAAUUUUAGUCUUCUCAAAUCAUAAUUUAAUGUCAUUCUCCUGUUGUUUCCUAGAAAACCCACUUCCCAAAUAGUACAAACAAUACUUUGAACAACAAAUUCUUUCGGAGGCAUGGAUUUAUUCUGACAAAUCAAAAGUAGGCAAGCUGUUGGCAUGUUUUACUAGCUGAAAGCCCUACUCAUGCAGCAAUAUUCUAAUUUCAGUGAAUUUUACCAGUGGUUUUUUUUAUUAGGUCUGUCUAGCACUCUGCCAGGAGCAUUAGAUUUGCUGGAUUUGUUAUUGUUUUGGUGUCGAUCUGUCCGUAGUGUAUUUCUUGCUUGUGCAGGUGCUAGUAGGUACUGGUUACAUCUAGUCCUUUGUGUCCGUGCCUUUCCCCACCUUCCUCUAUUUCUCUUCCUUUUCACUUCUUCAACUAUUUGUUUUAAUACUUUUUAACCCUCGGCUGUGUGAAAAAACAUUAACACUUCA